AGAUCGUGAAAUUGUGUAGGAAACUGUGUAGUGAAAUUCCCUAAAUUAUUAGAUUUUGUCAAUUUUUCUCGAAGUGAAACCAGAUCACAACAGAAGAUGAGGCGUGCAGCAGGGUUAGGAGCAAUAAAUAAACGCAAAUUGGCACAGGCCAAGUAUAAAGACAAAGGGAGCGAGAUUGCAGAAGAUCAGCUCAGCCAGAUGUCUAAGAUGCUGGAAGCGUUCCGUUCAAACCUUGAGGAGUUUGCAACGAGUCACAAGAACGAUAUCAAACGUAAUCCAGAGUUCAGAAUGCAGUUUCAAGAGAUGUGUGCAACGAUCGGCGUAGACCCACUGGCUUCUGGGAAAGGUUUUUGGUCAGAAAUGCUUGGAGUGGGUGAUUUCUACUAUGAGCUGGGAGUUCAGAUUAUUGAGGUGUGUCUAGCAACGCAACAUCGGAACGGUGGAUUGCUAAGCUUGGAGGAACUCCUUAGUAAGGUCAGAGCUACAAGAGGAAGGACAAAACAGGCCCAAGAUGUCAGUCUAGAUGAUUUAAUGAGAGCCAUUAAGAAGUUACGUAUCCUUGGUAACGGUUUCGCUCUACACAGACUACAAGAUGGCCGGUACCUUGUCCAGUCGGUACCCGCAGAGCUUAACAUGGAUCACACAAGUGUUCUGAGUCUUGCAGAGGGUUCAGGUUAUACCUCAUUCUCCAAGUUAAAGCAGCAGUUGAAAUGGGACAUUGACAGAGCAAACCUUGUAAUGGAUCACAUGGUACAGGAAGGACUGGUUUGGGUCGAUGACCAGGAUAAAGAGGAAAGAUUAUACUGGUUCCCGGGCCUCUUCCCAGAUACAUCAUGAUACAAUAGCAAUACUGUACAGCCCCGCACCAUGGAUAAUAUAUGAUACAACAAAAUUACUUAAGUUGACAAAAAACAUCGAUUGGCAUUUUAGUCACACAUUUAAUAUGAUUUACAACUUCACAAUGUUCAAUAUUUUAUGGUAAAUACUAUAAUUUUGUUUACCAUAUGAUUUGUCCAUAUAGAAAACGUGUGGAAAGUUUUACACUUGUACUUGCAAAUUAUUGGUGAUUUAAAUAAAUAAUUUUUUUAUAUAGGAUCCAGAUUAAUUUAUUAAUAAUUAAUCACCCAAGACAACUCAG